AUGUCGUCUGCGAUGCAAGCGGCAACCCAGCCAAGCCCCGUCCAAGUCCCCAGCCAGUAUGCACCCUCCUCUUCACCUCAGUCACAGUCCCUCCAGCAGAGUCCUGCCUCACAGUCAUCACACUGGGUAUCUCAACAACAGCACCAGCAGCAAUCACAUAACAAUGCUGUGACCUCAGGUGCAACUGUCAAUUCGCAACAACCACGGUCCCAUUCACAUCAUCUGCAUGACUUGGUGACGAUGACUUCACAGCCUGGACAACACAUACCGUCGAUGAGCGUUGCUUCCACAGCUCCUCUAACCACAGCUGCUUCAAGCGUGUCGCGUCCCAAUCGCCCAGGCCUGUCAGACAUCCUUGGAGGGCCACCUAUUCCCCCUCCGCGAACCUCAUCAAACAAUAAAAGUCGCGCCUCAUCUACAUCGGCUUCGCCUCAGGAUAGAACCGGCUCAUCAAGAAACAGGAGAAGGGAGGAGAGAAGGGAGCGUGAAGAUCGAGAACGCGUCCAUUCCUCUGGCCAGCGUGAGAGGCCAAAGGACGACGCUUCAACUUCCAGGUCUCGUCGGAAAGCUCCACCAUCGCCCGAAGGUCCUCGCCGGGCAGCAAGCACACGAGAACGACGUGACCAUGAUAUGCCCGCGAUGGAAAGCCGGUCGGAGGCCGCGAUGGGUCCAAGCUCUUUCCCUACAGGCCUACCGAAGGAAGACGGCACCGUCACGAAUCGUAUGGUUGUGACAGACCCUGAGGUGGAUAUUAUGCGAGAAAAACAACGCCAGAUCGAAGCUCAAGCUGGCGGCACCUCUAAUACUAAUCUAGACGGUGGUGCUGAGAGCGGCGAUACCGGUCGCCCUCCCAAGAGCAGACAUGACUACUCUCAAACUGCCCACAAAGAAACCACUUUUGGGGAUUACAUACUUGGUCAGACUCUCGGCGAGGGAGAAUUCGGUAAAGUCAGGCUCGGUUGGAAAAGAGAUGGCAGUGUACAGGUCGCCAUUAAAUUGAUCAGGCGGGAAACCUUGGGAAGUAACCCUGGCCGACUUCCAAAAAUCCACCGCGAGAUUGCCAUUCUGCGAGAGCUAUCUCAUCCCAAUAUCGUACGAUUGCAUGAGAUGGUGGAAACCGAUCGUCACAUUGGAAUAAUCCUAGAGUACGCGUCGGGGGGAGAGCUGUUCGACUACAUCCUAAACCAGCGGUACCUUAAAGACCAUGCUGCUCGCCGCCUCUUUGCCCAACUGGUGUCCGGCGUUGGGUAUCUUCACAAAAAAGGAAUCGUACAUCGUGACCUUAAACUGGAAAAUCUGCUUCUUGAUCGAAAUCGAAAUAUCAUUAUCACUGACUUUGGCUUCGCGAACACGUUCAAUCCCGCUGAUGAAUUGAGCGAGGAGAUUGAAUACAAUUUAACAAACAGGGAGUUUGUCAAACGCAUGAGGCUCGACCGGCCAGAUGCCAAGGGGAUGAGACGAGGAGAUCUUAUGCAAACAAGCUGUGGUAGUCCUUGCUACGCGGCUCCAGAGCUAGUCGUUAGCGAUUCUCUGUACACCGGGCGCAAGGUGGAUGUUUGGAGUUGUGGAGUUAUCUUGUAUGCCAUGCUUGCUGGUUAUUUGCCUUUCGAUGAUGAUCCUGCCAACCCGGACGGCGACAACAUUAAUUUACUGUACAAGUACAUUGUCACUACUCCCUUAACCUUUCCAGAAUACGUUACUCCUCAUGCUCGCGACCUGCUACGUCGUAUCCUUGUGCCAGAUCCCCGAAAGCGAGCCGAUCUUUUCGAAGUAGCAAGGCAUAGUUGGCUAGCCGAAUAUGCCAGUGUUGUUUCUCAUAUCACAAGCAACACCACAAAUGUUGCUGACAUUGCCAACACGACAGUGACCUCUGAAGCACAUUAUGAAACUCCUUUGUUAACCCGCAGCGCAUCUGUCAGAGAACCCCCAAAGCCAUAUCACCAAACACCUACUGUUCCUAGCAGUGCUUCUGGGCACCAACAAAGUAAUUUUGAGCAAACAGAUGACCAGUCAAGGCAGCAAAGAGAUGCAAAACGGAGGACAGUUCAGGUUGAAUAUGUUGCUCCACAAUCUCAAACUGCUCGUGGAGUAUCGAGUGGCGAGACCUUUGGACGUGCGCCAGCACCAGUAACCACACAACCAGCAAGUAUUGAAGCAUCUCGAACAAAGCCUUUGCCAAAGAGCCCACCUGUCACUCAAGGAACUCAUGUGUCUGUUGGCUAUUCCGUGACAAACCGCAACCAAGGUAUGCCUAGACCAAAAUCAAGAGAUGUUGCUCGGUCUAUUUCGGAAUUAACUGGUGCCUUUUCUGGGACUCAAGGUGCACCUCCACAAUCAGCACGACCUCCAACCAGUGGAUCCAUGGCUUCUUUGGGUAAAAUAGACAGCCGUCUACCUUCCCGUGGCUCUUACAGUCAACCUGUUGCUCCAGCAGUUGCAACUGCCAAUGCUCAAGCUCGCCUUGCGCAACCAAAAUCCGGUGGUAAACCAUACAUUUCGGCUCCGAUUCCGAUACAACCCGGUGAACUUCCCGCUUCCUCCAUUGGCCAACCAAGUACGCAACCAGGCCCAUUGCAUUUACGUCAACAAGAUUACUCCAAGGGGCAUAAGCGAUCAAGUACUGUUAGCAGCAUCUCCGAAAAGCUGUUUGGGCGCCCUGGAUCUUUCUUCGGUGGCCGCACGUCUCAACCUGGAUCUCCUCGCGUCAAACCUGGUAAACGAUACCCUCCUACCAGUAUGAAGGACUCAUUCGGCCUUGAAUCGUCUCGUGCUUCGAUGGAUUCCCGUAGAUCGUUGUCCCAUGCCUUCCGCAAACAGAGCGAUGCCAGCACCGGAGGCAGUAGACAGCGGAGAUUCUCACUUAUCCCGCCUUCAUUCUUGUCCCGAAGCUCCACAAAAGAGCGUAUUGAGGCCGCAGGUCCUUCUCAGACGGACUCCACUGAGGCCGACGACGUAGAGCGUCAGCAGACCCAAGAUGAGAGAAGGCUAUCGACGGCACCUGCAACUGUUCUGGGUAACAAUGCAGCGCACAAUCAUCAACAACGAAAUACCAGCCAACCUCACCCAGGAUCGUCUCAUCAGCAGAAUCAGCGCAACUUUGCAGACUAUGAACAAAGCCCCGAGGUCGCCGAUUAUUCUGCCCAGAUCGACCGGCAAUUUGCGAGCUUACACGGUACACCUGAUAACCUGUACCACCCGCAAGACUAUGGCAAUGGGUACCAAGGACAUUAUCAAAGCGAACCAAAUAUCACAUCAGGAGGCCAUCUUUCGGCACCACAAGGACGAGCGGAUCCCAAUAAAACAUUUUCUGGGCUUUACGAAGAUGGAUACAAUCAAGGAUAUGAGAAUGCGUCUUAUCCAUCUAUUCAGACCGGACGAAUGCCAAGGAACAGUGUUCUUCAGAAAAAUCAUCGCAAAUUUGCAGAUGCAUAUGAAUAUGAAAAGUCCCAUCAUUCGGGCAGUUCUGGGGCGGCUCGAAAGGUAAUGGACUUUUUCCGCCGAAGAGGAAAGGCCAGAGCUGGUGAAGACCGCUGACAAGUUUUGCCAUACUUGGGCGCUUGGUUAUGCCGAGCCUUACUUGCCACAUUCCAGUCAAAGUCCUCAGACUUGUCGAUAGUGACGAACUCAUGGAGAAGCGAAGCAAAGAAGGAGAGAUGAGACGCCGUUUGUCAACUUGUGUCUGGAUCACUGUACUACCACCACCAACC